UUCGUUUUAAAUAGAAAUGUAACUAGUAAAAGGUAUUAAAUGUAGAACAAUAGAGUAUCUUCAUGUGCAUGUUGUAGAAAUGUGUGAAUGGUUACGGUGUCUUGUUUCAGUAUAGUAUAUAGGGUCUUUAUUUCGCGUAAAAAUAUUGAACAUUUCUUCUCGGAAACCGUUGUCAAAUCGCAACAUCUGAUAUGCGCACAUCAUUUUCGUAAUUUUAGAGUGUUAAAUGUCGUGUAUUUUCAUAAUCAAGACAAAUCAUAAAAGCCUGCAUUUAACAUUCAAAUGAUUGCAUAUAGUUUGUUUGUACACAUCCAACAAUCGGAUAAUAAAAGUAUUUUGGGGUAAACCAUUUGGAUACUUAUAAUAAUACAUAAAGAAAAAGGAAUUCGUGUGUGUCAUAUAUUCUAAUUGAUUCAAACUGACCGGCGGAAAUCAGCUACCAUAGCAAUGGUCAGACAACCGAUCGACGGACAAUCAGCGAAUGAAAUGUCGGUCUUCCCGGUUCGACGCAAUGGAAAAAGUAUGAAGAUCUGCCAUAUUUUAACAAUAACACUUAUCACCUUGCUCUCUGGUAUCGUCACUUUUGUCUUCUCCGGCUUCGAAGCUACGGCAAACAAACGCGGACCAGUUAACGUGCCGUCCCGUCGUGAAUUUAAUAUCAACAACAUUACAACGACGGAUAGUUUUCCAUACCCCGAUAGCAAUUAUUUGAAUGAUAACUCCUACCAUGAAUAUGUGAUAACUCAAGACAAUACGUUUAAACAUGGGUACGCAGAAGUGAAAGCGUGUGCACGAAGGUUCCCAGAGGCUAUAAUAAUUGGUAUCCAGAAAUGUGGCACCACCGCUUUGGCAGAGUUUCUGGGAAUUCACCCGCAAUUGGCAGUGAAAAAGGAACAAACGUACUUCUUUUCUAGCAAUUACAGCUUAGGAUUAGAUUGGUACCUGCAUCAAAUGCCAUGUAGCCAUGGCAACGCAAUCACUAUAGAGAGGACACCACAAUACUACUACAUGAAACACGUUCCUGGCAGAAUAAGCGAAAUGGAUCGUGGAAUGAAGUUAAUUUUGAUUGUGUGUGAUCCAGUGCAAAGAACGGUAUCGAACUUUGCCAUGGCAAAGUACAGAAACCGAGAGCACAUAAACUCAAGAUUCGAAGAAGAAGCGUUCACUUUCAAAAAUGAUCAUGACAUUCGUGUGAACGAGAACAAUUUAUACGUUGACAAGUCGAGAUACGCUAAAUAUUUACAACAGUGGUUGGACGCGUUUCCUAGAAACCAGAUACACGUUGUCAAUGGUGACGCAUUUUCAAUAAAUCCAGUACAAGAGCUCAGAAAGAUUGAGACGUUUUUAAACAUUGAUCCUUAUAUCAAACCUUUUCAUUUUGAACGGACUCCUGUGUCCGGAUUUUACUGUUUGCGGUCGAAGAGUAGACGGCUCAGGUGUCUGCCACGGACCAAGGGCCGAGCACAUCCGGUUGUCAAGCAGGAAUACCUCAGCAAGUUGAAGCAGUAUUUUGCUGAACAGAAUGAAUUGUUUUUUAGAUUGUUAAGAAUAGAAGGAUUUAUUUGGUGAAACAUUGGCGAAAUUACAAUAUCAACAUCGCUGAUUGGUUGAUCAGCAAUUUGUUUAUAUUAUUACCUCAGAUCAAUCACUCUAUAACGCAAUAUAAUGACCGUUACUAUUACAGAUAUUAUGAAAAUUUGUCAGUCGAAUAAAAUGUUGUUGUUGUCA